AUGUCAGGGUUGGUGACUAUCAACGGUAUACAAGCGUAUACGUUGUUCGAUUCUGGUAGCACCACGGACUCGCUAUCACCGGAAUUCGCCCAUGUCGCAAAGGCCAAGCGCAUCAAAUUGGACACCCAGAUUGUACUACAACUGGGCUGUGCUGGGAGCCGCUCGAAGAUCAGUUACGGUACUCGAGUCCCGAUCGAAGUGUGCGGUGUCAAGGAGGACCGCUAUUUUGACAUCGUGAAUCUUGAUCGCUAUGACUGUAUCGUGGGCACGCCGUUCUUGAACGAGCACGGCGUCAGCCUGGAUUUCGCGACGCGGUCAUUCCGUAUCGGCACGAAUACGUUCCGCGCCUUUUCGUACGAUGACGAUAGGGAGUACCGUGCCAGACGGGGUACCGCGGACCGGAGUACUGCCAAGCCCAGCUGA